AUGAGAAAAAUGAAAGACUCUAAAGAAUGUUUAAUUGGAUAGCACAAUAUUGAAAGAGAUUUCAUAUUAUAAUGAAUAGUAAUUACAAGAAUUGAUAAAUUUAGUAUAAUGUUGCAAUUUAAUUAAAUCAAUGAGUGAUGACGAUUCUAAUCAGGUUAUUCUAGCAAUAACAAAAGUAGGAUGCAUGAUUACUUUUUUUAUGUUAAUUCUGAUUGUAGGAAGUCUGCCAAUCAGAUUGAAAGCAUUCAAAUCAAAUAAGGUAGAAAUAACAUAUGAAAAGAUUAGAAACUUUUGGCAUAUAUGGGAGCAUUUUCUGGAGGAUUAUUUUUAGCAGUAGGUUUAGUUCAUUUGUUACCAGAGGCAGCAGACAAUUUUGAAUAGGCUUAUGAUGAUGAUGAAGAGCAUUUUCCAUUUGCUUAUGCUAUAUCUAUAACUAGUUUUUCGCUAAUACUUUUUAUCGAGAAAAUAAUAACAGACCAUCAUCAUGAUCAUGGACAUGAAGAUGAGCAUCAUCAUCAUGAGAGCAAUUCCAAAAAUACUUAAGUUUAAGAUUAAAAUCAACUCUUUGUUAAUGGAAGUGUAGACACAGUAGCAUUAUUAGAAAACAAGAAUAAUGAAGAAUAAUUUAAGGAUGCUUUAAACAAAUAAGUAUUAAAAUAGUCAAAAUUGUUAGUUGAUUGUAGCAAAAAAAGCAUCAUUUGUACAAAUGGUGAAAAAAUCAAUAGCUUAAGAUCCAAAAAAUUCGAUUAUAUAUUAAGAUGUUAAUACAUGGGCUCCUUAUAUAUUAUAAAUAGCUGUUGGUAUUCAUGCAGUUUUUGAGGGAUUAUCAAUAGGUAUUUAAGAAGAAGUUUCUUUAUGUAUUGGUAUAGCAUUAGUAGUAUUAUGUCAUAAAUGGGUAAUUAAAAAAUAUUAUAUAAUAGGCUGAGGGUAUGACAUUAGGACUUGCAUUUAGAAAAGCAGGUGUAAACUAGAAAACUUCAACUUAUAUGAUAUUGAUUCAAUCAAUAAUGAAUCCAGUUGGAAUAGGAAUUGGAUGGAUAAUGGCAGAUAAAGGACCAUUAUAUACAGGCAUAUUUGUAUCAAUUUCAGUGGGAACUUUUAUUUAUAUUUCCACAAUGGAGACAUUGACAGAAGAAUUUUCAAUUUCAUAAUACAAAUGGGAAAAGUAUUUUAUAUUUGUGGUUGCAAUUAUAUUCGUAUCAAGUUUGUGGUUUGUAGAAUAAGCAGUUGGAGGAGAUUGA